AUGGCGGCCCCCAUAGCAGGUUGUAGCCGCAGUUGGUUGUGGGCUCGGAACUUUAACAAUGUCGCUGACCUGCGCUGCCGGAAAAGGCUGUUGCUUACUAAUACGCUGUGUAGCUCAAGCAAGACUGCAGCAAAACAGAACCGUGAUGUUUCCUGGGUAGCUGUGGUAGGCCUGGAAAUUCAUGCACAGAUAUGCUCCAACUCAAAGCUUUUCUCAGGUUCACAAGUCCAGUUUGCAGCACCACCUAAUUCUCUAGUAUCAUUCUUUGAUGCUUCUCUACCAGGAACCUUACCAGUUCUCAACAGGAGAUGCGUCGAAGCAGCAGUGACAACCGGCCUUGCUCUGAACUGCACCAUAAACAAGAAGUCCUUGUUUGACAGGAAACACUAUUUCUAUGCAGAUCUGCCUGCUGGCUUCCAGAUCACUCAGCAAAGGCUCCCCAUUGCUGUGAAUGGGAAUCUGUCAUAUAGCCUGCAUACAGGGAAAAACCAAAACGAGCUGGUAAACAAGACUGUGAGAAUCAAGCAGCUACAGCUGGAGCAAGACAGUGGAAAGAGCCUUCACGAUGAUGCCAGGCAUCAGACACUAGUUGACUUAAACAGAGCCGGAGUUGGUCUCAUGGAAGUUGUCAUGGAGCCGGAUAUGUGCUGUGGGAAAGAAGCAGCCGCUGCGGUGAGAGAACUUCAGCUUAUCCUUCAAGCUGUUGGGAGCAGCCAAGCAAACAUGGCAGAGGGCCAACUGAGAGUCGAUGCCAACAUAUCUGUACAUCAUCCUGGACAACCAUAUGGAGUGAGGACUGAAGUAAAAAAUAUCAACAGUGCCCGCUUUCUUGCCAAGGCAAUAGAUUAUGAAAUACAAAGACAAAUAAAUGAGCUGGAGAAUGGAAGAGCAAUCCUGAAUGAAACUAGAGCCUUUGAUUACAAGCUUGGACGCACCACAGCAAUGAGAGACAAAGAAGGAAAGCAGGACUAUCGGUUCAUGCCAGAACCCAACCUUCCUCCAUUGAUUCUGUACAAUUCCACAUCGUUGCCCGCUCACAGAAGCCAUCUGCAAGUUGUGAAUAUUGAUCAGCUCUUGGAAAAGCUUCCUGAUCUCCCCAGUGUGAAGAGAGCAAAGCUGGUGGAACUGUAUGGAAUUCAGCCUCAGCACAGUUUCACCCUAUUGAAUGAAGACGGCUUGAUGGAAUUCUUUGAAACUGUGAUGAAAGCUACACAGAUGAAUGCUAAAAAGGUUAUUGGCUGGAUUCUGAAAGAUUUUCUUGGCUAUUUGAAACAGUAUAACCUAGCAGUAGAGGAAAGUCCCAUCAGUCCUCUUCUUUUCGCUGAACUUCUGAACCUUCUAGAAAGUGAAAUGAUUUCCUCUCCAGCAGCCAAACAAGUGCUGGAAAUAAUGUGGAAUGGAGAGGGGAAAUCUCCAGCUCUGAUUGUCAAAGAAAAGAAACUCGAACUGAUUCAAGAUCAGAAUGAGCUUGAGCAUAUCUGCCGGACUGUGAUGGAUGGACAUCAGAAAGAGGUGGCAGAGAUUAAAAAGGGAAACAAAAAAGUACUGAAUAAGCUGAUUGGAGAGGUCCAAAGAGCAACCGGACGAAGAUCUGACCCAGUCUCUGUGAAACAAAUAUUGGAGAAACAGCUGUUGUUGGAUUCCAGAAAGAAAACCCCUUAGCUGAUAUCUGCAAAUGUAGCAAUCAAACUGUAGCAGAGACUUUACUGCUUGGUUGAUCACUGAAUAAAAUGGCACUAACUGCUUUUGGGGUAGGGGGACAUCUGUCAAGCCAGGGGAUGAAGUACCCGGUAAAAGAACUGAAGCUGGGUCUUUCUGUGGAAAGUAAUUUGUAAAAUAAUGGAAGAACAGGACAAGAAUUUUCAUUUAGUUAUCUAUGUCUAAUACUCAGGAACUCAGACAAGAGGGGGGAAAUUCCAUUUACUUGUAUGACUACUGAAAAUCAAAUGAAUUUAGUGGGUGAAAGUUGCAAAGAGUCACCAUAGGCCUCUAGUCGAGUGUUUCUCUGCUCUGCUCAUACCACCAUUGGACCUCCAUGCAGAAGAUGUUCCAUUUGAAUGGGUAUGAUGCCACUGUUUCCUCAGCAGCCCCUUUUCCGGCUGCCAGGAUGGCUACUGGAGUUUUGUACUCCUCAUCUUUUCCUAACCUCUUAGCCAAGUAUACCAGGUAUGGCAUACAAGCUCUCUUCUUGCUUGUUUGUAUUGUGGAUUCCAUCUGCCUCAGACUACCUGAGAAUAGCUCUAGUGUUUUUUUUCAGUUCUGUUUCUCUCAAAAUGGCAAGGAAGGAAAGCAUUCCUAACAAGUCAGGAAGUCUCUUUGUAUAUUUCAACUUCCAAUUAAACUCUUGAAUAUGUAAAUAAGAUAUUAAAUGUAAAUUAUUUCACAAUAACUGUAAGUUGAUGUUCCUUAGGUCAGUAGUCUGAUGCUAUCACAUUUAAACCCUUCGGCAAAUGAAACAUCCUUUUUUAUUCUGGCUUCAUUUUUGAAUAGAGAAGGAUGAAAUCAGAAGACAGUCAAUUUCUCUUCGUUGAUCUUUUGCUAAAUAUGGAUGUUGUGGUCUUUCUCUCAGAAAUAAAUAAAGGGCCUUGUUAAGAGUGAA